AGUUCGACAUUACAAGUCCGCAAUGAAGAGCUUCGUGUGCAUUCUUUUGUCAGUCCUCUGGCUGGCUUUGGCCUCGGCUGAGUUCAAUUCGUCUAUAUCGCUAUUCAAGAAGUAUCCCGAUUCCUGCACCUCUGCCAAGCCCAAAAAGAAUGGCAUCUACAAGAUUCAAGUAAAUGGAGUUCUUCUCUCCGUCUUCUGCGAUGUGUAUCUUGCUGGAUCUCCUUGGUUGGUUAUUCAGCGACGCUCCGAUGUCUCGGUUAACUUCUACAGGAAUUGGGUAGCGUAUCAACAAGGAUUCGGUGACAUCAGCAGCAGCUUCUUUAUCGGACUGGACAAUUUAAACUUGCUAACGGUAUCACAACCACAUGAACUUUACGUUCACUUGAAGGACUUUGAUGGACAGACACGUUAUGCCAAAUAUGAUCAGUUUGCCAUUGGCAAUGAGGCUAAUUUGUAUGGUCUGAACACGCUGGGCAACUAUUCGGGCACAGCUGGAGAUGGUUUGAAAUAUCAUCUGAAUAUGAAGUUCUCAACCUAUGAUCGGGAUAAUGAUAACUCCACCAGAAACUGUGCUGUCGAUUACACUGGUGCCUGGUGGUACAAGACAACCCAUUACAGCAAUCUGAAUGGUUUAUACUUUGGCGGAGAUGUUUCCGCAAAUCAAGUGGGUCGGGGUAUAACUUGGUAUCAUUGGCGAGGCGAUCGGUAUAGUUACCAAGAAGUGCACAUGAUGAUACGUCCAAAGUAAACAAAUGCAUAUAUAUAUAAAAGUUGUAAAUAUAUCGAUAGCUAUGAAAACAUCAAUAAACAUAAUAAAUCUAUAGUAAA